AUGUCUUUGGACCUAGCCAUUGAAUAUGGAUACUUUGAAAUAUUAAAGUGCUUAUUGGAUCACGUAGAGGAAUCGGAAAAAGAUGAAAAAGAAACAGCAACAACACAACAUAGCAGAUUAAACCUUUUGUUGGCUGCUGCCUCAGGGAAAGGAAGUAUGGAUAUAAUUCAAUACUUGAUAGAUCGAUACCCAAACACAUUAUGGGACUACACCGAAGCGUUGAAAUAUUCUCCAUACUCUGAUAAGUUGGAGAUUUUGCAAUUCUUUGCCAGCAAACUAGAAGAUAUGGCUGAUAUUCCUCAAGAGAACAUUUGUUCUACAUAUGAUAAUGCUGCAUUCAUGGAUAACAUUGAAAUGGUUAGAUGGUUAACAUUGCGCUUCCCCUUCGGUAUGAUUGGUGCACAAAUGUUUGAGCAUGCUAUAGCCGGCUCUUCCAUGGAGAUGUUAACUUAUCUUUUGGAGGAACACGCCAAUCUCUUAGACCCUGAAUCAACUGAUUAUUUGGAGAAAUCAGCAGACCUUCUAGGCAAUGGCUAUCAUUUCAAUAUAUUCAUGCUUCUUUAUCCAAGGUGUAAAUGUCCGGACGACAUCAUGGAUAUUGCAGCUGGUUGUGGAAAUAUCGAGCUUCUAACAUGGCUGCAUGAAAACACAACUCAUCAAUGCACGGUUUCGGCAAUGGAUAAAGCAGCGUUUUACGAUCGAAUCGAUGCGAUAAAGUGGCUACAUAUGAAUCGUAGUGAAGGAUGUAGCUCAGAUGCAUUUGUUUCAUGUGCUGAAAAUGGUAGUUUCGAAUUGUUGCGAUGGCUAUACGAGAAUCGUACAGAGCACAAAAGAGAAUAUUCGAUCGUCGACUACACUGUAAUUAUAGAUAUACUUGCGAUGCACAAUCACUUUGAAAUACUAGAGUGGUUCGAAACUGUCACUGGUGUACAUUGUAGCGAUAAUAUUCUCGAUAAUAUGAUCGCGCUAGGUAAUCUCGAUAUCGUGCGGCAUCUUCAUCAAACGAAUGGGCCUGACAAUCGAUACAACUUCUCGGAAGAAUCAAUGUAUUUGGCUGCUACCAACGAUCACUUAGAUUUGGUAAAGUGGCUUCAUGAGAAUCGUACGGAAGGAUGCACUAGUGAUAUUCUCAAUAGCUGUUCAAUCGAUAUGUCAUUGUGGCUCUAUGAAAAUAGAACUGAAACAAGAAACUCUGUUAUUCCAUUCGAUAUGAAUAGAUUUGACAUGAUAUUUUCAAGUAAUGACUUGGUUACAAUGGAAAAGGCACUACGCUUACCAAUCUCAACUCAAGAUUUAAAACUUUAUCAAAAUGAAACAAAACUAAAAUAUCCAAAAUCAGUGGAAUUACAUUUAUUAUUGGAAAAUGAAAUACAAAAAAGAGAAAAAGAAAUCAUGAAACAACUACAACAACUAGCAAUUAAUUGA